GUUGUUCUAACCUCUCAACCCAUACCUGUGGACAAGAAGCUUAACUAAAACCAGCAUUAUAUAUUGUUAACAGAUCCCAGCCUAGCGAUGUCUGCCAGCUUCGAUGAGUCAUCCAACCUUGUAGAUACAACCUCCCCCACAACCAAUGAAGACUUUAGCAAACUGACAGUUGAUCACCACGCCGCCUACAAAUCUGAACCACAUGAGAAAUCCCAUAAAGGAUUUGGAUUUAUAAAGAAACGUGCCAAGUCACCAUUUAGAUCUCCUCUCAAAUCACCCCUGAAAUCUCCUCUCAAGUCACCUUUUAAGUCCAAAGCCAGUAAACAAGCUGCUAAAGAUGCCCUUAAAGAUACACACAAAGACACAUUUAAGGACGAAUUCCCUGAUGAUGUGAAAGAGGCUUCAGUAAAAGUGGUUGUUGAUAAAAAGUCAGAUGACUGGCAAGCCUUUCAGCAGAUGCAAGAUAGAAUUAAACAAAAUGUUGUGAAAACUCAGACAAGUUUGAAUAAAUUGUCAUCAGAUAAUUCGGAGACUUCUAAUGGUACUAAUAGCAACAACGAAAAGCACAAAAAAAUAGAUGAGACUUUCUGGUCGAGUUUUGAUGACACUUCCUCCCUGAUUCCUCCAAGUCCACAUGGUGUUAAUAAAGACAAAGGAAAAUCAUCUGAACAGGAUUCAGAACUGAAUGUGACAAGCUUCCCAAACCUCAAAGUUACACCAACCCCCUCACCACGGGGAACACCCUGUCCUCCAGCCAACAGUCUUAGAACCAGCAUGGAAAACCUGAUGGCGGAUGACCCUGUAGGGAGUAAAAAUGAGGUGGCAGACCUUUUGGGAUUGACCAGUGACCCCACAGACACUGACCAGGCACCAGCCGACUCAACGUAUUUAAUGAAUCAAGAUUUACUUGGACUUGACAACAUCCUGUCAUCAACUGGUGAGUCUCAGCAUGGCAGCAGCAUGUGCAGCAGCUUUGAUGGCUCGGACAUGGUGUUUGGAACAGUACCCCACAGUGAAAGGUCAUCCCAAAGGUCAACCCCGCUGGGAUUUGAUCCUUGGGAGGAUGACCAGCGGAUCCCCAUGGGAACACUUUCCUCAACAUUUGUAAGCAGUAUGGUGGAUGAGUUUCUGCAGCUUGACACCAUGAAGGAAGUUUCACAAGCUGAUCUCAAUCCAUUUGAUAGUUCUGCUGACAAACCAGCACCUAAAUCUAACAUCAUUGAUUCGCUUGAUCCAUUCUCUGCCAAAAAGGUAAAGGAAAAAGCACCACUUCCACCAACAAGUGUGGACGUUCUGCCACAGCCUUCCACAGAUAUUCUAUCACAAUGUUCUUCAGAGAUUCUCCCACAGACAACCCAAGACUUUCUGCAUCAGAGUGAUACUGACACUGUGCCAUCAUCAGACACAGACUUUCCUGCCCCGUUACCUAUUGACUUCAGUCAGGCAUUCGGGGGAAGUGUGAACCUGUCUGAUGAAGCAGCUUCCUCCCACUUUGAUGCCUUCGGACAGCUGAGUGAAAACAUACUUCCUCCAUCUGUUGUGCCCUCAGGGGUGAAUUCCUCUGCAGACUUCCUGCAGGCAUUUGAUGAUACUGAGGAUGUUGGUAGGGAGAUAAAGGAGGGAUUUUCCCAUAUUUUGCCUGUAGAGGUAUAUGACAAUCUGGCUUUUGGUGUUGCAGACCCUUCCAAGGAUGUUCCAGGUGACCAACCUGAUAACGAAGAGCCCCAAGGUGAAGUACCAGUCACCAACAAUCCAUUCCUCACAUCAGACAUCAGCGAACAGCCUCCAGUGGCCACUGAUCUGUUUGAUGACAACUUCUUUGAAACCAAAGGUGCUUCUCAGUCCCAAUAUUCACAGGAUGCAUUUUCAAACAUCUGGGGAAAUGCACCGUCUGACAACAUAAGUCAAGGCGUCAAUCCAUUCCAGGAGGAUUUCUUCUCCAUUGAUAAAAUUCCAGACACUACUGAUUUUCCUGGAGAAGCUGCUGACAACUUCGCCACCAAUACUAGCAAUAACCCUUUCUUACAGGAUGACUCGGCUGCUAUCUUCUCUACUGUCUCCACAACGUCAAAUGCUAAUCCAUUCCUAGAUGACACUGUACCAGCACCUAAGUCAGAGCUGACUGACAUAAACAGCUUUUUACUUGGUGAUGCUGCUAAAGGCAAUGCUCCUCAAACUGUCAAAUCCCCUACACUAGAUGAUUUUGAUCCAUUUGGAAUGUCUGCCCAAAAGGCAGAGGAGAGUCAGUCAGACCAGGCUGUACCAGUCGAUGGAGCUUCCAAAGAUGCUUUUACGGCAGUGGCGACAUCUGGUGAGGAUCAGCUGGUUCAGCCUGAUGAUGAUGAUGAUGAUGAUGAUGAUGAGAAUAAUACCUUCAUGCUUCAGAUUAAACCGGUAAAACCAGACAGUUUAGGAUCAUUCAGGUCAUCAGUACCCCCUCCUGCACUGAAACCCCCUCCUAGACCCCCACGGUCUCCCCAGCCACCCAGGGAAAACCCUUUCAACAGAGACUCGCCUCCAGAGGAGAACUUUGCUGAAUUUGAGAUCCGGGGUGGGGAUGAUACUCCCCAGGAAAAGGACAGUAACUUGGAGAGUCUACCAAGCUUCUCAACAGAGGACAACACUCCUGAAGAGGAGCUUGCAGCCCUCCCUCCCCUUGAACCCUUCCUCCCUAGCACAGACCAAGAUGUCUGGAGCCUUAUGCUUAGACAACCCACCAAAAAAAAGCUCACCACAAACAGGUUCUGGAAGCAGAUCUAUGUGAAGUUGGUGAAGCAGAGUGAUGGACCUAUCCUGAAGGUUUACCAGGAAAAGGAUGAUGCUGAGUCCUUUACAGAGCUCAUUCUCCAGCCUUGCUACUCCAUUUCUGAGGUGUCCCUCCAACAGUAUGACCAGUAUGGCAAAAUCUACACAGUCAAGGUCCAGUACAUCUUCUACAGAGAAAGGGUGGGUCUGCGUGCUGAGAGGAUGACACCAGCAUUCGUCAAAAAACCAAAGGCUACUAUGAUCCUUGCCCAUGCACCACAGGUGUCAGAGAUGCUCAAAUUUGGCAGUUUAGACAAAGAGGAAAUCACAAUGUUUGUACGUGAGGUGGAGAAUGCAUUAAUGAACAUGGAGGCUAGGCGAGAAAAGACACUCACAUACAUUAAGGAUGAGGUCUGUGCAGAGGUAUGGGACGAAUACAAAGCAGAAUUAGACAAACAGGGCCGGAUCAUAACACAGAAGGCACGUGUCAGGGCUUUCUUCCUUGCUUUUGUCACUGGCAUGCCCACAUGUGAACUUGGGCUUAAUGACAAACGGAGGCGGGGCAAGGAGGUGGUUGGUCGCCAUGACAUCAUCCCGAUAAAGACAGAGGAGUGGAUUCGUCUGGAUGAUGUGCAGUUUCACUGCUCUGUUGAUGUACCAGAGUUUGAAAAAACAAAUAAUAUCAAAUUUCAUCCUCUGGAUGCUUGUCAGUUUGAACUUUUGCGAUAUCGUGUUCGUCUUCGUGAAAACAAAGAAUUGCCUUUACAGCUCAAAGUUCAACAAAUUUUAAAAGAAUCUAAAGUAGAAAUCCGUUGUGACAUACUUGUGACUGGUUACCAUUCCUUCAGUAAAAAGCAUGGACAGUUCCCCUGUGAGGACAUUGAGAUUCGCUUCCCUAUACCGGAGCAGUGGGUGUACCUGUUUCGCUAUGAAAAGCGGUUUGGGUAUGGUGCAUUUAAGUCAGCCACUCGCAAACCUGGUAAGAUCAAGGGCUUGGAGCGGAUCACGAUGAUUGCCCAGGGACUUCUGACUCCAACACUCAUGGAGACCGAUGUGGGUGUUGCUAAGUAUGAACACCUGUACAAGGCUGUAGUGUGGCGGAUCUCCAGACUCCCAGAGAGGAAUGAAGGAGCAUACAAGAGUCACCUGUUUAGAAUGACACUGGAGUUUGGACCACAUGACGAAAUUCCAGAAUCAUUUGAGUCACACGCCGAGGUGGAGUUUACGAUGCCCUCAUGCACAGUGUCGCAGUCUCAGGUCCGCUCAAUCUCCGUGGAGAACCCCAACCCCCCAGACAAGUGGGUACGCUACAUUGCCAAGUACCAGUAUCGAAUAGAGAUUGACCACAUCAACGAGGUGUGCAAGACCAGUCCCGACAAUGGCAAAUGACCAGUUUUAUACCUGAGAAACUGA